AUGAACCUGCUUAUUCUUUCAAAGUACUCGAUAGACCCUGUGUCAUUACUGCAGCUUCACCAAACCGACAAACAUACACCACUCUAUAAGCCAAUAUUCAUACUAUCAGGCAUACUAUCUCUCAUCGUCAUUGCCAAUCUGGUUAUCUACUGGCUUUAUGAUAAAGCCUUGGCUAUCGUUCCAUAUAUCUCUGCCCUAGUGUUAUUGCUUUGGCCAGGGAAGUCCCUGCAACGAAGGGAAAGAGUUCGUUUCACGAGGAUGUUAAAGAGAGUGUUUUCAAUCAACAUAUUUGCUCCAGUCUUUUUCUCUGAUAUCAUUUUGGCAGAUAUGUUGACCAGUUUCUCGAAUGUAUUUGGCGAUUUGUUUAUAGCAUCGUGCGUGAUGCUUACUGGACAUGAUUCAUCUUAUUUCAUGGAUAAUACGCACAAUCUGUACUAUAGAGACUACAUGAUCCCCCUCUUAAUAAGUCUUCCUUAUCUGAUCCGAUUAAAACAAUGUAUAGCCGAAUAUAUCGAAUCAAAGGAAAGGCGACAUAUAUUUAAUGCACUCAAAUACACAUCAUCGAUACCAGUAGUCGUAUUCUCAGCUGUUCAGAGAAAAGCCGCCAUUUACAUUGCAGAAUCAGGCACCGUACCUCAACAUUGGUACUUGAAAGAGGACACCAUAUUUAGGUUCUGGAUGAUGUUUGUGUUUAUUAACUCCAUGUAUUCAUUUUGGUGGGAUAUUUCAAUGGAUUGGAACCUUUUAAGCAUUACAUUUGACACUCCACAAACAGAAGAGAAUAGGCACCACAAAACCGUACAACUACCACCACAAAAGCACGCAACGCCCAUUGUACAUUUUCGACGACAACUCUACUUUUCACAGCCCAUUUGGUACAUUGUUGCAAUCUUCUUUGAUUUCCUUCUUCGCAUCACCUGGAGUCUGAAACUAAGUUCACACAUCUACAUUCGGAAACUGGAUGGAAGCAUCUUUUUGAUGGAACUACUCGAAGUGUUUAGACGUUGGAUUUGGGUGAUAUUUCGAAUGGAAAGUGAGUGGGUAAAGAAGGUCUACAGUUCCCUGCCUUCUGGAAGCUUUGACAAUCUACGUAUGAGCUUAUUAGAUCGCAAACCAUCGUCUUCAUCAGGUCUUUUAUCACCUAUAGAGGAAGAAGAUCCGUGA